AUGGGCCCGAAAAGAGGUAAAAAGGGCACUCCGUGGCCAGAACCAUGGUUUGCAGAUGACCCUGAUAUACGCGCAUACGUAGCUGCAGCCAUCAAAGAUCUCGAGGCACUGAAGAAGCACCAAGAAGCACUGAAGAUUGGCAUGCCCCAGAACGCCCCAGUGUUCGCGCAGCUUCCAGCCUCUAUGAAUGUCACACACACGGGCUGGCUCCUAAGCGAGUAUAAGAUCAAGGAAUAG